AUGCCCUCAUUCGACCAAGACAAAGUCGAGGCACAUGUACACUCAUCUCUAUCCUCUCACCCCUCGGCCGAUAAAGACGACAGUUACGAUGUCUACACGCAGACUCGAGGACUGGAAUACACGCCAGGAGAGGCGAAAAAGGUCCUCCGCAAGAUCGACACUCGCUUGAUUCCGCUCCUCUUUGUGAUAUACAUGCUCCAGUAUCUGGACAAAAACAGCCUAAACUUCGCCUCGGUGUACGGCCUCAAACAAGGCACGAAACUCCAUGGACAGGACUACUCUUGGCUCGGCUCAAUCUUCUACUUUGUAUGGGGCGCACUGCUCAUGACCACGCCCGCCUGCCACAACUUCGCCGGCAUCGCCGCCAACCGCUUCCUCCUAGGGCUUGUCGAGGCCGUCGUGAAUCCUGGUUUUGUCCUCCUCAUGAGCAUGUGGUACACAGCACAAGAGCAGCCGCUGCGCCUGGAGGCGUACUACUGCACUAACGGCAUCGCUACGAUGUUCGGAGGAUUGAUCGGCUACGCCGUGGGACAUAUUACCUCCGGUCUACCGCGGUGGAUGUACGUCUUCCUCAUCUUCGGUGCGGUGUCCGUCGCGACAGGGAUCCUCUCCCUGCUUCUGCUUCCUGAUCUCCCGUCCACCGCGCGAUUCCUCACCCCCAAGGAGCGAGCCAUUGCCGUCGACCGCGUCGCCAGGAACCAGCAGGGCGUCAAGAAUCACCACUUCAAGUGGGAGCAGGUCUGGCAGGCUGCGCGGGAUCCCAAGACGUGGCUUCUCUUCGUGAUGGCGAUUGGGGCGCAGGUGCCCAACUCUGCGUUGACGAGUUUCACCUCCAUCAUCGUCGGCUCCUUCGGCUUCGAUACCCUCGGCACGCAAUACCUCCAGAUCCCCGGCGGCGCAGUGCAAUUCCUCGCGCUGCUGGUGGGUGGCUGGAUCGCGACGAAAUACGGGGAUAAAUUCCACUCGCGCAGCGCGUGUAUGAUCGUCGCUAACACCAUCUGUAUAAUUGGCUCUGCAUUACUCGUUGGCCUGCCUGAUACAAACAAAUGGGGACGGCUUGUGGCGCUGUGGCUGUGCUACUUCCAGGGUCUCGGAUUCAGUAUGAGCUUGACGAUGGUGAGCUCGAAUGUCGCCGGGUAUACCAAGAAGCAGGUGACCGCGGCGCUGCUGUUUACAGGAUACUGUGUGGGGAAUAUCAUUGGGCCGCAGACGUUCAAGGACAGCGAGGCGCCGGGGUAUCGCAGUGCUUAUAUUGCGAUGCUGGUGGGGUAUAUGGUCAAGCUUGUGUCGAUUACGGCAUUGUAUGUGUAUAUGUACUUGGAGAAUAAGCGAAGGGAUCGGAUGAGUAUAGAGGAGUCGGAUGGGGAUAGGGGCAUUGAGAAUGGGAUGCUGGAUCAAACCGAGAUUGACAAUAAGCAAUUUCGCUAUGUCUUGUAG